GACGCAGCGUAUCAGAUGGUACAAUCGCAUGCUUGUCUGCAUCCGUGAUCUUGAAAGCUGGAAAUCUGCAAAUGUGCACCCGACAUAUGAUCCAGUUCCAUAUUAAUAACCCUGUCACAAAAUCCGCUGUGUCUGCAGCCUGUUUCACAGAUUGGGGCGCUUAUAUUAUGUUGCUGUUAUUUGAGUAAACCAUCGCGCAUUCUUCUGCCAUUAUUCGCCCGCACAAUGGCAGCUCCGAUCCCCAAUACACCUAUAGCCACCCCUGCGCCCAUCCCCGCCGAUGAGACGACGGUGGACGCAGAGGCACGGCGGAUGCGGGCGCUGGAGCGGUACGAGCGGCGGGAAUCAGUGACUGCGGAUCCCGCGCCCCGCUUGCUGGCGGUGCAGGGAGGCGUGGAAACGGAUGCGCUGCGCAUGAUGAAGCCCAAGACGUGGUGCGGCAAGGCGCUGGCGGUCUACUGCAGCGGGGGCGAUUCGCAAGGCAUGAACGCUGCUGUCCGUGGAGUGGUGCGCAUGGGUCUCUACGUGGGCUGCAAAGUGUACUUCAUCCACGAAGGUUACGCCGGGAUGGUGCAGGGCGGUCGGCUGAUUACGGAAGCCACGUGGGAAAGCGUGUCGGGGAUAAUACAGAAGGGUGGAACAGUGAUCGGAAGUGCGCGCUGCGCUGAAUUUCGCGUCCGCUCCGGUCGGCUGCAGGCGGCAUUUAAUCUGGUUGUGCGCAAUAUUUCCAAUAUUGUCUGCAUUGGAGGCGAUGGUAGUCUCACGGGAGCUAAUCUCUUCCGGCAAGAGUGGGCAUCGUUGCUGCAGGAACUCGUUGACACAGCGAGAAUAACACCAGAGCAACAGGAAAAACACUCGCACCUUAAUAUUGUCGGUAUGGUGGGAUCCAUUGACAACGAUUUCUGCGGAACGGACAUGACCAUCGGCACAGACAGCGCCCUUCAUCGCAUCGUGGAGUGCAUUGACGCUAUAACCACCACUGCUCAAAGUCAUCAGCGUACUUUCGUUAUGGAGGUGAUGGGGCGGCAUUGUGGCUAUCUGGCGCUGGUGGCCGCCCUGGCCUGUGAAGCCGAUUGGGUCUUCAUCCCGGAAUGGCCGCCAGAGGAGAACUGGCCCGAUCAGAUGUGCAAGAAGCUGGCGCAGGAACGCGAACUGGGCCACCGUUUGAACAUCGUCAUCGUGUCGGAAGGCGCUAUAGACCGCGCCGGAAAGCCGAUCACUUCCGACCAGGUGAUGAAGGUCAUCGUCGAUCGUCUCAAGCAAGACACCCGCGUCACCGUGCUGGGGCAUGUGCAGCGCGGCGGUACCGCAUCCGCCUUCGAUCGCAUACUGGGCACUCGAAUGGGCGCGGAGGCCGUGUUUGCUUUGAUGGACGCCAAACCGGAGACGGAAGCCUGUGUGAUUUCCAUUGAAGGCAACCAAACCGUACGGGUGCCGCUGAUGCAGUGCGUCGAACGGACACAAAUGGUGGCCAAAGCCAUGGCCGAACAGAAUUGGGAGUUAGCCGUGAAGCUGCGUGGAAGAAGUUUUGUCCGCAAUUUGACGACAUAUAAAAUGCUGACGAAAUUAAAAGCAAGUCCAAAGCAGGGAGCGGAAAAAAAGCAGAUUAAUAUUGCGGUAAUUAACAUUGGCGCCCCGUGUGGCGGCAUUAACGCAGCGGUGCGUUCUUUUGUGCGCAACGGCCAGUACCAUGGCUACAGGACGUUUGCCAUCUACGACGGAAUUGAAGGAUUUGCGGCAGGAAAUAUAAAAGAACUGAGCUGGACGGAUGUAACGGGAUACAACGGCGAAGGCGGAGCCCUACUGGGCAUUAAACGAACCCUAGCCGGUGACUAUUUACCGGCUUUGGCGGAGAAUAUCAAGAAAUUUAACCUGUCAGGCAUUCUUGCCAUUGGCGGUUUCGAGGCAUAUCACUGCGCCUUACAAUUUGCUGAAGCCCGUGAGAAUUUCCCAGAAUUCCGCAUCCCCAUCAUUGCCCUCCCGGCUACCAUCAGCAAUAACGUCCCCGGAACCGAUUUUUCUCUCGGCGCGGACACAGCACUCAAUGAAAUUUGUGCGAUCUGCGAUCGGUUGAAGCAGUCGGCCAUUGGGACGCGACGGCGUGUGUUCGUCAUCGAGACUAUGGGCGGUUAUUGCGGCUACCUGGCGACAUUAGCCGGACUGGCUGCCGGCGCGGACGCCGCCUACAUCAGCGAAGAGUCUUUUAACAUCGACGACCUGCGAUCCGACGUCAUCCAUUUGGCCGCCAAGAUGCAGACGCACGUGCAGCGUGGGCUGGUGGUGCGAAACGAGAACGCCCAUCCCAACUACAGUCUGGACUUUAUCCGGCGGCUGUACGCCGAGGAAGGCAAGGAUGUCUUCUCCUGCCGCGAGGCCAUUCUGGGCCAUGUACAGCAGGGCGGCCGGCCCACUCCCUUUGACCGCAAUCUCGGGACGAAACUUUCGACGCGUGCAGUGGAGUAUUUGGAUGAAAUGAUCAUGAAAGGCGGAUUGGGCAAUGAGCCGGUAUCGUGUGCCCUUUUGGGAAUUGUCAAACGCCAAGUCACUCUAACACCUGUUCAGGCGCUGGCCAUGCAGACAGACUUUUUACACCGCAUCCCGCGUCAGCAGUGGUGGCUGAGUUUGCGGCCGCUGCUACGUAUCAUGGCCAAACACGCCAGCCAGUACAUACCGGACGUGAUGGACAUUGACGAUACCAACCAGAACAAGACAGAUUUGGUCUGAAUUCGACCUUUUGUGAAACCUUUACCGAAACCGGCUUCCUGUGUGUACCGUGUUGCGCUGUUAUGCGCUCAAAGAGAUACUACCUACAAUUUUGUUAGUCAAAAAUUUUUUCGAAGUGUGCAUGGCGUUGUUUUGCUUUUGGUUUACGCUCCGUGGACCCAAAUAAUUUAUUUUGACAAACUUCCCCAAAGUGCAUAUUGCAUGCUUGUUGGUUACAUGUUGAUGUGUCUGUAGUUCUUAUUGUUCGUGGAGGCUGUGAUAAAAAAUUACACUUUGAGAAAUUUUA